AUGAUAGACUUGAGAGCUCCGAGCCACCCUGAAGAUCAUACCUCCUCCGGCCCUGCCCCACCAUCGGAGCAAAAGCUUUUAGCUAUGCAAUCAAGCACCCAACGCCGAUAUGUUCGGCCGCCGAAUGACGGAGGGGCUGAAAGCCACCAGCCCCGAAUUCCUUUCCAGCCAAAGCAAUCGCAUGCAACCGAUGAAAAUCAGCUGAUCGGCAGCCAACAUGACUCAAACCUAAACUCAGCCUCCGAGGUAAAAGACUUCCACACGAGCCAUUCCAGUAAACGAUCGUCAAUUCAGACCAAAGAUCCUCAGCGGUUCAGCCCUUACUCCAAUCCUCAAAAAUUACGUGUCGGUAUUCCUAAACUUUCGCCAUCUUUCAAUCCCUGCGAUCAGUUUUCCAAACCGCGGAAACGCACUCUUCUCUUGGGACCCAAGUGUCCUAAAUACGAAGGCCUGAGUAACUUUGCUGCUCCAAGAGACUUGGUGUCCGACAUAAUUCCCGGUAGCCAAACCAUCAACCUUGACCAACCUAGCCCCCCCUCUUCCAAAUCUGUGUCGUGCUCGACGCCCGAGAAAAUGAGCCCGCAAGAGUACGUGGACUCAAUGGCGAGGGAUGAAGGCCAGGCGGGAAGCCCCUGCGUUCCGAGAGACUUCUUGAAGCGUCUGGACUUCGAGGAAUGGGACCAGAGGAAGCAGGAUUUGAUUCAGAUGUUAGAGGAUAGGAAAAAAUUAUUCCUUCAAAGUGGCUUUGCGGAGACUAGUGGAAAGCCAUUCCUGCCCGGCGAACAAGCGAUAGAGAAAAAACCAGUUCCCAACCGAUGGGUGUGGUACAUGCAUCUCAGUACCGAAUAUGAUAAGGCACGAAGUACGCGGGUACCUGCAGGUGGUCCGGCUGGAUAUUUGAAAUACGGAUGGGAUCGUCUUGGAGUGGCUGGCAAGCAACCUUACCAAGAAUUGGCCGACACAUACUCAGCAGAGCGUUUGAAAUUCAUGACGGAGCAUGGAAUAGCGGAGGAUACGACAAAGAAAAGAUCUAAGCAACCUGAUAAGCCUAAGGCUCGAAAUCGCUCAUCCCAGCAGGUGUUCGCCAAUAGUGAUAAAAAUCAAGUUGACCAAUCGCUUUCGCCGCGCAGCAAAAUGACUCGUCCGACUGAAUCCAUCGACACAGAGAUGCCCGGUCACGCACCUCACCUCCACCCCAGUUCGCCAUUUAUGCCACUCCAACCAAUUCUUCAACCCGACUUGUUUUACGAUCAUUUCAACCAAUUUCCACUUGAAAAGACCUCGUGCGAUUACCUCGAUCGUACCUCUGAAAUGUUCGAAAUGAACAAAGCCCCGUGCUACUCCAGCUAUCUCCAAUCGCCGGAAUUGAUGCCCUGCGGAUUCUCACCUUUGGGCUACGAAGCCUCUUCUUACGGCUACGGGUACAACUCGGAGUCAACCGCUGACCAACUUAGUACGCCGAUAGGAUAUCCGUCUUCGCCAACGGAGUACCCCUUUGCUUGUAAUCCCAGUUCUACGUUCUCAUAUCAAGCUACGUCAGAACUUCAAAGUUGGUCGGCGCUAUCACCAGAAUCGAUCAACUCGGGACGUUCAGAAACUGUUGGGAUAUUUCCUCCAUCCUGCAUGAACAACGCGAUGGGCUCUGCGGCGGGUUAUACCAAUCUAGCCUCAUCGAAUGGAUUCCUCGACCCUCUUAAUCCUCAUGAGAUAGACUUUAACUCACUGAAUCCAGGUUGCUAA